UCAGUUCAAUAUAUUGUAAAAGGAUUACAUCAAAAAUUAAAAAGUUCAUCAAAGCACAUAAUCGUUACUCACGUGCACAAGAGGAACUAAAAAGAACACAAGCUCGACUUCAAAGACUGGGAGAUCAGCUUGGUUCAGAUACUGCGAAAGCAGGUGCCAAUGAAGAAGGUUGAAGUGUUAACAUUGUUAGUGAUGGAGAGGCUAAUGAGGAUCACUGGAUGAGUCCAAGGAAUGAAGUGCAGAACCAUGCAUCUCCAAAUAGGAAAAGGCUGCGAGGCGACGUGGGAGUUGGUGAGGAAUCAAAACAAGUACUAUCAAGAAGAAGAGAGGGACUUUUGUCAGGAAAGAUUAAAUUAGAGAAGCUUACUCGGUGGCAAGGACCUGCCCAAGUGGAAAAUAACAGCAAGGAAGCUGAGCUGAUAAAAAAAAUCCCAACUGGGAACAAUGUUCGUAGGCCCCUAGCAAAUGCAAUCAAGCAUAAACGAGGAAAGAACGAUUCUCCUAGCACUGCUUCCUUGGAUAAGGUAAAGGGCUCAAAAGCAGGACAUUUGUUGCCUCCAACUAGCAUGGCUGCUCAUGCAGUAGAUGAAUUCAUCGAAGCCAUUGAAUUAGAGAAGAAGUUUGAGACAGGGGAAACUGCUACUGCUCCAGAGAAUGGAACCUCAGAAGAUAAGGCAGGCUUUCCUUUUCUGCCACCCCCACCUCCAAAAAUCCCUCAGAAGAUUUAUACCCAGUAUGAGGGUGUCGACGAGGAUGUGGAUGUGCAAGAGCUUGAUGUGGAUGUGGGAGAUGCAGAUGUCAACAGCGAAGUGGAAAUUGAGCAGCUGUAAGUAAUGCAUCUUCUAACCAAUCAAUGAUUCAGUCGAUUUUGACCAUGAAAGGUAAUCAUCUUAUUUGCAUUGGCCUGAUAAUGGCUGGUGGUAUCAUCCUAAUUCCCCAGUUCAAUGGCCCUAGUGUUGUGUAG